ACAAAAGCCGUUUCAGUCACUUGUUUAGGAUAGACCAAUCAGCGCGGAGCAAGUUGAGGAAAACAAAAUGGUGGACUCGGACUGAGUUGUUUUCGUGCAUCUGAAGAUUUCCAGUUUUUGCAGAUUUGUGUCUGGUUUCUGCGUCUCAACGGAACGUAUUUUCCUGUUUAGGUUGAGGAGAGUGACCGACACAACAUGUCGCGCCUGAAGUCCCUGCAGAGCCGUCUGCAGAGUAUCUACAGUCGUGAUGAGAGGGACGACACUAACAACACCGGGAACCUCACAGGCACGGGCACCUACAAUCUCACAGACCACACCUCCUGGAUAGACCGCAUCUCAGCGGCAGGUAACAAGCCUUCUGAUUGGCUGGAGUUCCUGACCCAGGCCCAGGGUCGGACCAGCUUCAGCAGCCCGCAGGCGCGGUACACAUACCUGCUGUCGGUGUACGACAAGGCACUGCACCACAUGCCGGUGGAGCUGUGUCGGAGAGACGAGAGCUAUGCCAAGAUCCUCAUACAGCUGGCUCACAUCAAGGGAGAUCAUAAUGAAGAGGACGGGCAGACAGGUUUCAAGUUUGCCCGCGUGAAUGCCAAGACAUUUGCAUUUGUUCAUGUAGCUGCUGCACAGUUCGAGCUGAGCCGAGGCAGAGAAGAAAAGGCUCAGAGUAUCCUACAGAAAGGCCUGGAUGUGGGAGCUGAGCCCACGGAGAUGCUGAACACUGCCCUCAUCAGGCUGGGCAACAAGGAGAAACUACUCAUGGAGGACAAGGAAAAUGCCUUGGGAAUAUGUUAUCCAGACAGUGUGCAGCCAUCUUUUAGUGCAGUUAAAACAAAGGCUCCAACACUGACAAAGCUGCAACCUCCCCCAAGCCAGACUACAGUGAACCCUUCCCCCAGUGUUGUAGCUGUGGACUCUACCAUAGUGUUCCAGAAGCCAGGGGGCUGCAGGAAUGACAGUGGUGGCAGCAGCAGUUUGGAUGAAAAUGACACCCUGCCCCUCCUAUGGGGUCAUAGGGAGAAACCACCCCAGCUUUCACGGUCCACAUGGAGCGCCUCCAAGCUGCCAGGACGAGAACUGCACACACCCCAUUCUCAGACCCAACGUGUGGUAACCAGCCACACAGAAGGGCCCAAUGCAAACAAAAGACAACCUGCCCGUGUGCCACUGAGGGUUAAACGCAGUUCCCUACCAAAGCUACGUGAGAUGUCUGCGGAGAACGCGGAUGAUGACGAUGACUCAGACGACACCGACUGUUUCCUUGGAGUCCGUCCCCUGAAGAACGUCAGUCCCCCAACAGAAGGAACGGACACUUCAGCAGCAAAAGCAAAACCUCCUCUCCCGUUAACAGGAAGGAAAGUCAGCCCAGAGUCAAACACAAACACCACUAUAAAUGACUCAAAAACUUUUAAAGGACUAUCGUUGUGCAGAUUCUCCAAGUCUUCCUCCCUGUUGUCACACACAACACCACGUGGCCAGAUGCCCACCAAAGAGGCAAGUCCAACUGAGAACACAACUAGUAACAAACCAACUGAACCACUGAGAGAGACCAGUAAAGCUCCACUUGUAUCUAAUCCUGGACAUCACUCAACAGAUACAAACCAGGUCACAGACAGUGCUAGGAAAGCUCACAGCAUUUCUCCCACAAACACAGUGGUCAGCUUUCCAGAGAGGCAGCUGCCGUCUGCCAAAGUGGUGAGUUCAUCUGACACAGCUGAUGCAGCUACAGUCGCUUUCAAUCCCAUACAGGUGCCAGGUGCCCUGGCCCCUCAAAUGCAUAUUCCUCAUGUCUCAAGGAACCUACCACCUGGAAAUAAGACAAUAGAGCUACUUCCUUCUCAACAUGCUCAUCAAGAACCCAAGAUGCCAAGUGCCGUUCCUGAAGUAAGAAGUACCAGUAUGCACACAGGUGGGGUGCCUCACGAGAUGUCAGGGGGGCAAGGCUCUAUGCAGCUUGGGACCGGGAGUAGAACAGCUACAGGACCAACUGUUGUGCCUAAAAACUCUCAAAUGCCCACACCAAACAUUGGGAACCAGAACACUAUGCCUGGGUUCUUCACACCAUCUGCUAGUCUGCCGGGGGCCCAGCAGCAGAUUCAACAGCCACGCAGCCAGAACUUCCAGCAGGUGGCUCCACCCCCUCAGCCUCAGUUUGCAACUCCCAGGAUGCCUUGUGCUCCUGCAGAAAGGAGUGACCUCAUAUAUGUGAAGGGGAAACCGUUCCGUAUACUGAGUAUCAUCGGGAAGGGAGGGUCAAGUAAGGUGUACCAGGUGUACGAUGAGAAAGGGAAGGUAUAUGCACUGAAGCUGGUGAAUCUUGAGGAGGCUGAUGAGACAACCGUGCAGGGCUACAUCAAUGAGAUCACCCAUCUGUCCAACCUCCAACACAGCCCAAGAGUCAUCAAACUUUAUGACUUUGAAGUGACUGAGGAGCGUAUCGUGCUGGUGAUGGAGAAGGGAAGUGUGGACCUGGCCACGUUCCUCAGGAACAAGAAGAAACAGCAGGGCAGCAUCGCUGACGACGUGCUGUGGUUCUACUGGAGACACAUGCUGGAGGCUGUGGACACCAUUCACAGACAGGGCAUUGUCCACAGUGACCUGAAACCCGCCAACUUCCUGUUUGUGGAUGGUGACCUGAAGUUGAUAGACUUUGGGAUUGCCAAUGCCAUCCAGAGUGACAAAACCAGUGUGAUAAAGGACCAGCAAGUGGGCACGCUGAACUACAUGUCCCCUGAGACCAUCAGGGAGUACAAUCCUGCUCAGUACCGAGACGGCAACAGUAAGAAGUUGUUCAAGAUCAACUGCCGUAGUGACGUGUGGUCCCUGGGCUGUAUCCUGUACUACAUGGUGUAUGGUAAGACUCCGUUCCAGCACAUCCCCAACCACUUCGCCAAGCUCCAGGCCAUCGUGGACCCAAACUAUGAGAUCCAGUUCCCUCCCAUCAAGAACAAACUGCUCCUGGAUAUGCUGAAGAAAUGUCUGAUACGGGACCCCUACAACCGACCGUCCACUGCGGACCUGCUGGCCCACCCUUACCUGAACUCGGAGCGGUCAUCAGGUGCCUCGGAGCCGCCCUGUCCGGCCACCCCUGCCCUCCCCAUGACGGCUGACCACAUCCAGCAGCUCCUGACACAGCUGUCUCAGGCACAGAGCAUGUCACCCAACUCCAUCUCCACGGUGUCAAAGGGUUUGGCUGCCCAGCUACAGAGUGGACAGGCCCCUGAUCUUUCUGCAGUGCUUAGGAAGAAUCAAGGGCCCAGCCUGGAUAAGGAGAACCUUCCUCCACAACACUUGCUCAGGAAGGGCCCGGGGUGCACACUGCCACAUGCACUCCCCAGGCCCCCCUCAGAGCACACACUGGGCAGGCCAUAGUCAGCCCAGGACUGACAGAUGAAGAGUGCCUUUGAUUGUACAUAAAAGUAUCCUGCAUCAAAUCUAUAUAUUUCUAUAAUCUUUAUGUGAAUGUAUGUGCUUAUUACUGAGAUGUGUUUGCUUUUGUAUUACUAUUAGCACCAGGUACAACUAAAUUUAAGGCUAGGCCAACUUCUUUUGAUAUUUGCUUUGAGUAGACUUUAGUUACUUUCAUUGUAGAUGAACUAGGUUCCUAUAACAUUUGUAAAUUUGGAACCACUAUUUUUUUGUCAUUUGAUGUACAACAUUUCCUGUGACAAUAUCUAUUCAUUUGUGUUCGGUAAUUGUUAUUCUAGUCACAAUCUUGUAACAAUCAACAAUCUUGGACCAUUAUACCUUCACUACCCCAGUCACUGACUUCUGGCAUGUUAGAAGUUGAAUUUUUACAGCUUCUAAAAUUGACAGAUAACUAAAUGAUGUAUGCUUUGAUGAACAACAUGGAGUAGUCUGACAAACUAGAAAACUCUUUUCUCUGUUGUGUUUAUCUUUGCUUUCUAUUUACUCGGUGGGGAGUCAACAAGUUGUACUUGUGUGUACGGCUAAAUGUCUCUGAAUGUUCUGGUUUCUGUUCAUGGAAUAUACGAAAGAAAAUCUUUAUUUGUACAGCUUCUAAUAGUGCUCUGCUCAACAGUUCUAACAGCUUAUACAUAUAGAAUUAACAGUAUUUAGAACACAGCUUCAGCAUUAUUAUUGAACACAAUAAAUAGAACUGCUUAUUGAAGACAGA